AUGAAAAGAGCUUUUUAGUAAUUUGAAAAGUAAGUAAGACAAACAUUUGAAUCAGCUAAAUCAGGAUUGAAUUAUAAAGUAUUGGUGAUGUAAAAUAAAAUGAUAUUGGGAAAUAUUUCAAUUCAUCUUAAUAAACAAAAUUAGAUUCCUAAUAUGUUAUUAGCAGAUUUAUUUCAAAAAAAACAUUUUAAUUUAACUAAAGAAGAUCAAUGUAUGUAUUUUGAAGGAGAUUUUACAUCAUUAAAAUCUGUUGAUCAAGAUCUAUUAUACCAUUCUGAAUCAGGUAAGAGAUUUGAAUUAAAUAGGUUUAUUGGUUUAUGAUACUUAAUAAAAUAGACUCAAAUUACAUUUAACAAGAGAAAGUUCAUCAUCUCAAGGACUUAUUCUUGGAUAUGUUAUGAA